AAACUUGGGUGCCUGGCAGGAGAGCUUGUCAUAAAAUGUCAAAUUAGCCAGUCUAACUGCCUCCUUGGACAAAUAGAGAAACUGGGGUCUGUGAAGGGACAGCUUUGCGUGUAGUCACACGGCCCUGGCCUGGCCCGCCUUGCUCCCCACUCUGAGUGACUGCACCAUCAGAUAGCUGAGGAGACUCCUGGACAGAUGUGGACUUGGGCUGCCCGGCAGCCUGUGGGCCAGAGCACUGCGGAAGCCACCCCGUGCUGUGCGUCGUGAGCAGGCGUGUGCAAGUGACCUCUUCCUCCGGGCCCCUCUUGUCGGUGUGAGCCUGGGGCAGCAGCAGGGCCCAGCCGUCACCACUGCCCACAGAGCGCCUGCAGCACCUCCCCCACCCCCACUGACUGUGGCCUUUUGUUUUCUGGGUGACAUUAGCAUCAGGCGGUGUGUCCGGGUGACUAAUCUGCAGGCCGUGCAGCUGUCACAGGGCAGCCUGACCAGACAAGUAAGGAAAGCCGACACCCUGGGGGGGCGCUGGCAGGCCAGCGCCCUGGCAGCGGCCGGUUGCUGGGCCUUCAAGGCCCUCUUCCCCUGCGCGGAGCAGACCUGAGUCAGGCAGAUGGGCCAGACCCCUCUCUGCCACUGGCCGCUGUGUGACCCAGGGCGCGUUACUGCCAUUGUAAUGGAGCCGUCGGCCCUGCCUGCCUCACAGACUUGUGGCAGGGGUCCGAGGAGAUGGUGAAUGCAAGUGCUUAGCCCAGGGCCUGUCGCAUAGUAGGUGUUCAAGAAGUGGGGCUAUUGUGGUCCUUAUGGCCCCUUCCCUAUCCCAUUCCACCUUAGCCCCAGUCUCAUGGCCCAAGAGGAGAGACCCUCCUUCCACUGCAUCUCUGGGGCGCAGGCUUUAUACCUUCAGGCAGACUUGAGUUCCGACACUGGCUGUACGCUGACUAGCUGUGGACCUUGGACAGGUUACUUCUUUGAGCCUCCGUUUCCCAUCAGGAACGUGACAUGACACAGUACCUACCUAUUCUUUAGGGUUGCUGUGGUUUAUAAAAUGAUAUAUGUGCUGAUCAAGUGCUCAACACAGCGCCUGACACAUGUGGACACUCAGUAGAUGUUAACCGGGAUGGUAUCGAUUUUAGGAGGCAGCCAAGAGCUCUCUCCCCGCAGAGCUCACCUCCUGCCUGUUCCCUGUCACCUGCAGGGGCUGGCACCUAUACGGGGCAGAGAGCUAGAGCUGAGAGUCUCAAACGCCGCUUGCCCAGGCAUGGCUGCCAGCACUGCUCUCUGAUCACAGGAGCUCAGACACUUCGGCCCCAGUCCCCCUCCCCUUCAGUACCCUUGUACCCAUUCAGGGCUCGGCCUGACUCUGCCUGUCCUGACACAGUAGCAAAUCAAAGAGUGAGUGGGUGGGUAGGUGGGCGGGAGGAGCAGGUGCUAGAUGUGUGGCCAGGCCUGACUCCUCGGGCCCAUCAUUUUCCGCCGUUUGCCCAGGCCUCUCACCCUCUGCGUCUGACGUCUGCCAGUCCCAGGCAGACGUCUCAUGGCCGUGACUCAGACCUCCCUGUGGCCGUCAGGGCCCGGGAGAGUGCCUGAUGGAGAGACACAAGCAUCCCUGGGCACUCUGGAGGCCUCUUGCUAGCUAUGGCCUCCUGCUAUUCCCCCGCUGUUAGGGGGAGAGAAGUGUCGUGAAGAAGGGGUGGCAGGAACAGGUGAGCUGGCAAAGGAAGCAGAGCACGUGUUCAGGGUAGGUUAGGGGCGGAUGGUUUCAGCAAGGAUGGUCGCCAAGGGUCCUGCCUCCUUGAACGUGGCUCAGGGCAGCUCAGUGUUUGGUGUUGUGAGUUGGGGCUCCUAGCAGUGGCCUAGGAUAAGGUGCAGUUCACAGGCACCCUCUAGCAGAGCUGGAUGGGUUUUCAGACAUCACCCAGUACCUUCACACAGGGGAGGUCCGAACUGUGCCUCCGAGUGAGACAGAGCAGCCUAGUUCCAGAAAAGUCCUUACCGUCAGCCCCUCAAAGAUAGACAUACACUCAAAGCCAGAAUCCAGACAGCUUUUCUCUUGGCGUCCCAAUACGAAGGCCUCCUGGUUGAAGACUGGGGUGGGUCCCUCCCUGCAGCCGCCUCUCCAGUCCUCUGAGGGCCUCAUGCGCCCAGGGUGCUGUGAUCCCUGAGGCAGAGGUCAUACCUGCUCCAUUUGUAAACGCCACUUGCAGCCCGACACCGAGACUGGGGUGGAGAGUCAGGGCAUCUUACCAGGACCGAGUUUCUUUGCAGAGAGCCUUGUUUUAUUGUCAUGCCUGGUGUGUGCCAUGUCCUGGGUGGGGGGAACCUAAACCUAACUCACUCCUUGUUUAUGGCAAAACGAAGACCUGAUGAGAAGGAAAGCCCGCCCCCUGCCCCUCAGUCUGUCUGGGCCAACUCCAAACUGGAACCCAGAACUCCAGACUUCAGUUCUCUUCUCUUUUCUGUCAGCUUCAGGCAAGAGUCGAAGUCCUUUAGGCCAGAACUUUGUGGAUUAUGGUGCCCGGACCGGGGGUGCCAGGUUGGGUAGCUGGAAACCCCCUCCUACCCGUUACUCCUGGGGCAGCCCAGAGGUAUAACUGCGAAGAGCACAGUGCCCCCAAUGGUGGGAAAUGUGGGCUCCACUGAGGAUUCUCUGGUCCCUCAAGCACCCUAUUUACUGAGACAAGAGGCCAACCGCCCCUCCCCCAAGUGUCUCCUCUCAGCUCAAAGGGUAGAGGCUAUGGCUGGGCUCCUGGGCACAGGAUGGGCCAUGGCUCAGCCCAGCUCCUGAUGUUCCUGGUCUCUGUGCCCAACAGGCACCCACCUGCCCCUGCAUGGAGACCUUUUUUAGGAGACACCUCCAGCGGAUGGCGCCAGGCCUUGGAGAGGGGCAGCGGAGGUCCAGUGGUGUGGGGCUGCCAACGGGCAAGGCCCGGCGCCGGUCCCCUGCUGGGCAGGCCUCCUCCUCGCUGGCGCAGCGGCGCCGCUCCAGUGCACAGCUCCAGGGCUGCCUCCUGGGCUGCAGGAUGCAGGCCCGGGGCACCAGCUGCCGCCGCCGCUCCAGCACCGCACCCCCCGCCCGCAACCCCCGCUUCAUUGUGGGUGAGGUGCCCACUCCCCCGCCUGCCACUGUUGGGGCUCAGCUUCUGGGUGCACCCCUGCUGCUGGCUGGGCUUGUGGGCAUGAGUGAGGAGGAGGAGGAGGAGGAGGAGGAGGGAGUCCAGGAGGAGGAUGUGACAGUUGGAGCAUUGAGUACCACCCAGCAAGGCACCAAAACACCAGGGCCACUCAGACACCAGGGUGCCCGGACCCUGCUGCCAGUGCCCUGUUGCCUACGUGGGCGCCAGGCCUCCUCCCACCUGCUCCCUGCUGACGCGGUAUACGACCGCGCCCUCUGGGGCCUGCAUGGUUACUAUCGUCGCCUCAGCCAGCAGCGACCCUCAGGCCAGCACCUUGGCCCUGGGGGCCGAAGAGCCUCAGGCACCACAGCCAGCCCCGUGCUGCCCGCCCGUGUGUGCCCACUCUCCCGCAGGCGCCAGGUAGCCCUACGGCGCAAGUCGGCCGGACCCCAGGCCUGGAGCGCCCUGCUUGCGAAAGCCAUCACCAAGUCAGGCCUCCAGCACCUGGCACCCCCGCCGCCUGCUCACGGGGCCCUAUGCGGCGAGCCAGAGCGGCAGAUCCGGAGCACUGUGGACUGGAGUGAGUCGGCGACAUAUGGGGAGCACAUCUGGUUCGAGACCAAUGUUUCUGGGGACUUCUGCUAUGUUGGGGAGCAGUACUGUGUAGCUAAGAUGCUGAAAUCAGUGCCCCGGAGAAAGUGUGCAGCCUGCAAGAUCGUGGUGCACACCCCCUGCAUCGAACAGCUGGAGAAGAUAAAUUUUCGCUGUAAGCCGUCCUUCCGUGAAUCAGGGUCCAGGAAUGUCCGUGAGCCAACCUUUGUGCGGCACCACUGGGUGCACAGGCGACGCCAGGAUGGCAAGUGUCGGCACUGUGGGAAGGGCUUCCAGCAGAAGUUCACCUUCCACAGCAAGGAGAUCGUGGCCAUCAGUUGCUCCUGGUGCAAGCAAGCAUACCACAGCAAGGUGUCCUGCUUCAUGCUGCAGCAGAUCGAGGAGCCGUGUUCCCUGGGGGCCCACGCGGCCGUGGUCAUCCCGCCCACCUGGAUCCUCCGUGCCCGCAGGCCCCAGAACACCCUCAAGGCAAGCAAGAAGAAAAAGAGAGCAUCCUUCAAGAGGAAAUCCAGCAAGAAAGGCCCCGAGGAGGGCCGCUGGAGACCCUUCAUCAUCAGGCCCACCCCGUCGCCCCUCAUGAAGCCCCUGCUGGUGUUUGUGAACCCCAAGAGUGGGGGCAACCAGGGUGCAAAAAUCAUCCAGUCCUUCCUCUGGUAUCUCAAUCCCCGACAAGUCUUUGACCUCAGCCAGGGAGGGCCCAAGGAAGCGCUGGAGAUGUACCGCAAAGUGCACAACCUGCGGAUCCUGGCGUGCGGGGGCGAUGGCACGGUCGGCUGGAUCCUCUCCACCCUGGACCAGCUGCGCUUAAAACCGCCACCGCCUGUUGCCAUCCUGCCCCUGGGCACUGGCAACGACUUGGCUCGCACCCUCAACUGGGGCGGGGGCUACACAGAUGAGCCUGUGUCCAAGAUCCUCUCCCACGUGGAGGAGGGGAACGUGGUGCAGCUGGACCGCUGGGACCUCCGUGCAGAGCCCAACCCUGAGGCGGGGCCCGAGGAACGUGAUGAGGGUGCCACCGACCGGCUGCCUCUGGACGUCUUCAACAACUACUUCAGCCUGGGCUUUGAUGCCCACGUCACCCUGGAGUUUCAUGAGUCUCGAGAGGCCAACCCAGAGAAAUUCAACAGCCGCUUUCGGAACAAGAUGUUCUAUGCCGGGACAGCCUUCUCCGACUUCCUGAUGGGCAGCUCCAAGGACUUGGCCAAGCACAUCCGAGUGGUGUGUGAUGGAACGGAUCUGACCCCCAAGAUCCAGGACCUGAAGCCCCAGUGCAUUGUUUUCCUGAACAUCCCCAGGUACUGUGCAGGCACCAUGCCCUGGGGCCACCCCGGCGAGCACCACGACUUCGAGCCCCAGCGGCACGAUGACGGCUACCUCGAGGUCAUCGGCUUCACCAUGACGUCCCUGGCAGCGCUGCAGGUGGGUGGCCAUGGCGAGCGGCUGACACAGUGCCGCGAGGUGGUGCUCACCACGUCCAAGGCCAUCCCCGUGCAGGUGGACGGCGAGCCCUGCAAGCUGGCCGCCUCACGCAUCCGCAUCGCCCUGCGCAACCAGGCCACCAUGGUGCAGAAGGCCAAGCGGCGCAGCGCCACCCCGCUGCACAGCGACCAGCAGCCGGUGCCCGAGCAACUGCGGAUCCAGGUGAGCAGGGUCAGCAUGCACGACUACGAGGCCCUGCAUUACGAUAAGGAGCAGCUCAAGGAGGCCUCCGUGCCAUUGGGCACUGUGGUGGUCCCAGGAGACAGCGACCUAGAGCUCUGUCGUGCCCACAUCGAGAGGCUGCAGCAGCAGGAGCCCGAAGGUGCUGGAGCCCAGUCCCCAACAUGCCAGAAGCUGUCCCCCAAGUGGUGCUUCCUGGACGCCACCACUGCCAGCCGCUUUUACAGGAUUGACCGCGCCCAGGAGCACCUCAACUACGUGACUGAGAUCGCACAGGACGAGAUCUACAUUCUGGACCCAGAGCUGCUGGGGGCAUCGGCCCGGCCUGACCUCCCAACCCCCACUUCUCCUCUGCCCACCUCCCCCUGCUCACCCACACCCCGGUCACUGCCAGGGGACGCUCUGCCCCCUAAAGGUGAAGAGCUGGUGGAGGCUGCCAAGAGGAAUGACUUCUGUAAGCUCCAGGAGCUGCACCGCGCUGGGGGCGACCUCAUGCACCGGGACAACCAGAGCCGCACGCUCCUGCACCACGCGGUCAGCACUGGCAGCAAGGAAGUGGUCCGCUACCUGCUGGACCACGCACCCCAAGAGAUCCUUGAUGCUGUAGAGGAAAACGGGGAGACCUGUCUGCACCAGGCCGCAGCCCUGGGCCAGCGCACCAUCUGCCACUACAUCGUGGAGGCAGGAGCCUCGCUCAUGAAGACGGACCAGCAGGGUGACACUCCGCGGCAGCGGGCAGAGAAGGCUCAGGACACGGAGCUGGCCGCCUACCUGGAGAACCGGCAGCACUACCAGAUGAUCCAGCGGGAGGACCAGGAGACAGCUGUGUAGCUGAGGCCAAUGCUGAGGAGGGGCAGGACUGGGUUAGAGCCCGAGCCCCGAGCCCACCUCACUGCCACAUUCCACUCGGACAGCCACGGGGGGACCCGCACUCCAGGGAAGGAGCCCCGUGCUGCCCCCUGAGGAGCCACCCAAACCCGGGGGCUGGACUCAGGCGUUGGGGCAUCUCACCUGUUCCUGAGCCCCGGCCUGACCUGGAGGCCCGGCCCGCAGGGGAGCAGAAAACUGGACCGGACUGGGCAGGCCUUUGGGGGACUGGGGCUGCUCCGCUGCAGGGCGGCCCUCACCUCAGCGGGCGCCCUCCGGAGUUUAGGAGCCGGAGAGGGAUGGCAGAUGGGCUUGAAGCCCUAUCAGGGAGCCUUCCUGAGUCACCUGGUCCUUACAGGGCCCCUGCUCCGAGGCUCCCCGGAGUUCAGUCCUCAGCGCUGCCCUGACCCCACCCUUUCCAGGGCUUCCUCCCAGAAACCUGGAGCCUGCUGCAUUUGCCUGCCUGCUGCCCUGCUUGGCGCCUACCCCAGAGACCCUCCCCAGUCAUUCGUCAAGGACUGUGUGGCCUGGGGGUUGGGGUGGGACUCUCACGGUGACUUGUUUACAGCUGGGUGUGACUCAGUAAAGUGGAUUUUUUUUUUCCU